CAGAGAGAGAGAGAGAGAGAGAGAGAGAGAGAGGAAUGUUUUUGUGCCUCGCAUCUGAAGUGGGACAGAGGAAAUCUCUUCCCCACCGAUGUACUGAUGUUUAAAGUGUAUUAAAUGGUCUGUUUUCUGACCCGGACUUCAUGUUUGGACCGGCCACAUUUAAAAAAAGCGCCAUGUUGAUGAGCGGAGUUUAAAAUGAGGCCGCAGCGCAGUGAGACACCUUUAUGGAGAUCAGGAGACCUGCAGCUCGGACAGGAAGAUGAUGAAGAUGACAGUCCACAGGAAACCCAGCGUUAUUAAGGUGUUCAGCAAAACCAGGACUCUACACAGUGAUGUGUACUGGGAAGAUCACGCAUCCCAGAAUGCAUUGCUUCUCCUGGAAGACCACGCCCAUCUCACCAUCGGCUCGGAGACACGGGAGAGGCUCCUCCUACUUUCCACAGACUCCCUUAUUGUCGCCAAAACCAAGUCUCUGUAUCUGAAGCUGAAAGCUCGAGUGAGUCUCUCUGACAUUUGGCUCGCUUCCUGUAUACACCGUGUCACAAGCAGGAAGUUCAGCACCAAAACCUCCUUUGUGAUUGGCUGGCCGACAACCAAUUACGUCGUGACGCUGAGCUCUUCAGAGACAAAGGACAAGUGGCUGUGUGCUUUACAAUGGCACAGUGUGAGAGCCAGGCAGCGUUUAAUCCCAAAUCAUAUCAUCCUGAAUGUUCAGCUGUUCGACUCGGUGCUGACAACAGCAGUGAGUGUGGAUGUUCAUUCUACAUCCGAGAGCGUGGUUCAGAGUGUGAUACAGCAGAACGGUCUUACAGGCGGAGUCUCGGACUAUCAGCUUUGUGUGCUGUAUGAUGGAAAGGAGGAAAUGUACCCACUUAUCGGUCAUGAGCUUCCAUACUGCAUCCUGCUCCACUCUUUCCGAGGUCAGAGGUCACAGCACAUGCUCGGUAGACACCAGUGGCACAGCGCUGAUGAACUGCGUGACACUGACGAUGUGAACGAUUCGACAGCACCUCGUUUUAUACUGAAGAACCGAGCUGCGAUACACACACACAUCCAUGCAGGUUCUCUAAAGCACAAGAGGAAAAAGUCUCUGAUUGGAUGGGCUCUGAGGAAAGGAACCGUCCAAUCAGAAGCACAGACCGACCUUCAGCCCACCUCCAACAAGCUGUUUGGCCAAUCACUUGCCUCGGUUUGUCAUGAUGGAAAGCUGCCUAAACCGAUAAUGGAUCUACUGUGUAUGCUGUACCGUGAGGGUCCGGAAACUCUCGGAAUAUUCCGGCGCUCCGCAAACGCCAAGAGCUGCAGGAUCCUGAAGGAGAAGCUGAACUUCGGACAUCGAGUUUCAUUACGUGGAGAAUCUGUGUUUGUCGCGGCGUCUCUCCUCACUGAGUUCCUGCGCAAGUUGCCUGGCAGUGUCUUGGGUUGUGAGCUGUAUGAAGAUUGGAUGAAUGUGAUGGAAGCAGAUGAUCAGCAGUCCAGAUGCUCCUCAGUGAAGAGAGUGUUGGCAAAGUUGCCCCAGGUCAACCGUACACUGUUGUGUUAUGUGUUUGGAGUCCUCCAUCAUAUACACACACACUCGGACGUGAAUCAGAUGACGGCGUCUAAUCUGGCUCUGUGUAUCGCACCUAACAUGCUGUGGAGAGCUACAACUUCGAACCCGGAGCAGGAGAGCCAGAGCACGCUGGAGGUGGCUGCACUCGUCCGCUUCCUGAUAGAGAGCGCUCCCUCCAUCUUUGGCGAUGAAGCGGAAGAGGUUUUUUCUAUGCGCUUGAACACAGCGCAGGAAAACGACGACCUCACAGCCGAGGCCUCCCUGUCUCUCCACUCGUCCUCAGAAGAGACAGAUCUGGACUUUCUUCCUUCUCCUCUCCUCUCUCCGGACCUCGAGCCGUUCCUCCCACUGAGCACUCUCUCCUUGAGUGGAAACAGGAAGUUGCGCCCCUUUAAAGUUGCCACGGAAACCACAGACGGCGCCUACAGCUGCGGCACGCUCGAUUUAGCGUCAACGCAACCGAUCUCGCUCGGUGAAUUCGGCCAAUCGCGGGACAGGUGUCUUUCUGAGCCUUCGAUGUGCUUUGACGCGACGUCUCCUCCCCAAGCCCCGCCCCAUCCUCCAGUCAUCCGGCAGUCCAGCUGCGACAACGCCGUCAUGGAAAACAAGAUCGACCAAUCACAGAGCCCGGUGUUGCAGGGCCGCAGUAGAGGGGCGGGAAAGGGGCGCUACGCUUUCUGGAAGUCACCGCAGUUUCCUGCGCGUUUCCGUCAUCCCGCUCAGCGAUUGGCCAGCGUGUCCAGCCUGUCGUCAACGGCGACGUCGUCUCUCAGCUCACUGGACAGCUUCGAGUACAUCCCGAGUCCGAGCGACGAUAAGCCCCGCCCCUUUUUGUUUGGCACUUCGGCGCGACUGCGGCCGCUGACCCCGGAGAUGCCGAGGAAGCUGUGGAAGAUGGCGUUCACGUAUGAUGAGGUAAAAGACGGAAACGGAAACGGAGAGAGGAACGAAGAGAAAGAGGGAGGAGUUAAAUUUUUGGACGUAAACUUCGAGGACGAGUGUAAAGCGAAAGACGGACGAAAGGGCGAAGAGGAUGGAGAGAUGAAAGAGGACAGAAGUGGAGUGAUGGAGGAGCGAGAUGGAGGGAUGCGAGCAGAGGAACAUGAGACUCCACGCCGUGAUGAAGGCGUCUCAUGCCACAUGCUACUCGAUAACGAGAUCAGGGACCUGGGGAUCGCACACACACUCACACACACACACGCUUGUCCCGUACACACACGACACACUCGCGCGCUGCACACACACUCGCUAACGCUCCCGACCAGACGAGUCAAAACCAGCAGGAUGAAAAUCACGCUGUUCCCCAGCGUGGGCCGGAGGAUGUUCAAGCAGUCCGGCAAGGUUACCAUGGAGACGGGGGGAGAGGCGGUUACCAUGGCGCAGGUGAAAGUACCACAAGCGCUGUUUUACAACCAGGACGUCAACCUCGUGCUUCAGUCGGAAGGAAGGCGGCGCAAGAUUAGCGACGCCGAUGAUGUUUGUACGUGUACCGACGUUCGCGUUAGCAAAGCAACCGAAGACGACGCUAGCCGUGAGCUUAGCAUUAACACAACCGAUAAUGGUUCCUCUCCGAGUGACGCUAGAACUGGUGUCCGAAGUGAAACUGAUGUUAGCCAAACAGUUAGCAACAUUAGCGACAGUAAAUCCGUUAACCAAAGCGCAAGCGAUGUUAGCCAGAGUGAACAUCGAGUUAGCGAUAGCGCUCCUGCUACCACUGACCAGUACCACUACACCAUUAGCAUUAGCAGUACAGGCUGCGAUAGUGACAGCACACAUGUUAGCCAGAGUGCUUCUGCUAGCAUUAGCCAUACGGGUAGCAACAGCAUUGUGGACAGCAUUAGCGACGUCGCAUCUGUUUCCCAUAGUGCUAGCCAGAGCAGCAGUACUACUACUACUACUAGCAUGAGCCACGCGGUUAGCGCUAACAAACUUAGCCACAGUGUUAGCAUUUCUCCCAGUAAUGCUAAUCAGAAUGCAGAUGCGUCUAGCAAAACUUCAAUCCGACAAACCAUACGCAUACGCCUACCAGCUACAGUACGCAACAGCGUCAGAGCGUACUUUAGCCCCGCCCACACACUCACACACACACGCACACACUCAGUGACACACACACACUCAGUGACACACACUCACACACACUCAGUGACGCACACACACACACUGCCCAAAUCCCAGAACAGGCCACUGUUUACUAGCAAACUUCAGUAGCACGAAGCUGUUAGUCAAUAAUUCCUGUGUUAAUUGUGUUAGCAGUUGAUGCUAAGUGUAAUUUUUAUGUAAUUGUAUUUGUAGGGAAUUUUUUUUUAGUAAUUUUCCAGCAUUUCUGAGGUAAAUGUUGACGUUCCGGAUGUUUCGGUGUCACUUUUACUCUCGCUGUGUCUUUACAUUGUGUCCAUAUAGAAGAUUUAACGUAUAUGCUAGCUAGCUAAAUGAUUUAUUUCCAGUCUUUCUGUGUCCCAGUUGCCUAGCAACAGUGUUGUCUCAAGUUUAACCACUUAAAGGUGAAUGUAUUGUGUUUUUGAAUUAACCUAAGCAUAUAUUUUUUUAAAAAUAUCUAUUUUUCAUGAAUAGAAGUUAAAACUUUAUUAUUAUUAUUAUUAUUAUUAUUAUUAUUAUUAUUAUUAUUAUUAUUAAGAAAGUGUUUGUGUCAUGAGGGAAAAGUGGAAGUUUAAUUUACAGAAUCAUAACUGCGAUUGAAGCUAAUCAUUCUGGCUGAGUAAUUUGCUAGCAGAUUUAGCGAAUUAGCCUAGCUACCUAGCUAACUAGCUGUCAUCAAGAUUUCAUGCUCAUUUCCUUCAUGUAAUAAAAUAGAGCUUUUUGGAUUUGAAUAAAAUUAGCAGAAACGUAUCUGUGCUAACUGCAGUAAUUAGUGUAAAGAUGUGAAAUUAGCUUUACGUUAGCAUGCUAACAUCUGUGUAAAGCUAAAGUAACGGAGCCUGAAAUCUGCGACGUAGAUUUUAUUAUUCGAGUUUUAAACACACGGCACUGAAGCGUAUUUAUUAUCAAUAUUUCAGAAUUUAUUCACAAUUAAACUGAUUUAUUCAUGUUUUCUGCACAUUACACGAUUUUUACACCUAAACACACUUCUGAACGCUGUGUAUGUGUGUGUGUGUCUGCGUGUGAGUGCGUGCCUGCGUGCGUGAGUGUGUGUGUGUGUGUGUUUGUGUGUGUGUUUGCGUGUGCGUGUGUGUGUGUGUUUGUGUGUGCGUGUGUGAGUGCGUGAGUGUUUGUGUGAGUGCGUGAGUGUUUGUGUGUGAGUGUGUGUGUGUUUGUGUGUGAGUGCGUGUGUGUUUGUGUGUGUGUGUUUGUGUGAGUGUUUGUGUGAAUGUGUGUUUGUGUGUGCGUGUGUGUGUGAGUGUGUGUGCGUAAGUGUUUGUGUGAGUGUGUGUGUGUUUGUGUGUGUGUUUGUGUGUGUGUUUGUGAGUGUGUUUGUGAGUGUGUUUGUGUGUGUGUUUGUGUGUGUGUGUGUUUGUGUUCUGACACUAAUGUAAAGUUGUUUCUCUGUGUAUUAUUUUAUGCUUCACAUUUUCACUAUAUCAUUAAAAUUCAAUAACAAAUUAAAUCAUUUGUGGGUUUUUUUUUUAAAUUAAAGAUGACCGUAUUUGUUGCAAAUUUCUGUCUGUCUCUCUAUCUGUCUGUCUCUCUAUCUGUCUGUCUGUCUCUCUAUCUGUCUGUCUCUCUAUCUGUCUGUCUGUCUCUCUGUAUCU